ACUUCUUUGAUCUGUCGCCUGAUCUUUGGAAACCAUGGAUGCAGACGAGUUGAUUGAAUCCAUCAUCAGAGCGCUCAUGUUCAUCGCAGGGAUCCUGGGGAACAACUGGCUUGCCAUAUGCUCCCUGCCCGGGCAGAAGUCUGGCCUCCGCACAAACGAGGUCCUCUUCAUCAACCUGGCUGUCUCCAACCUCAUCACCAACUGCCUGGUGGACCUGCCCGACACCAUCGCAGACUUCGCCGGACGCUGGUUCCUGGGAGAAACCUACUGCGGCGUGUUCCGUUUUUGCGCCGACCUCUCCGAAACCAGCAGCAUCUUCACCACCCUCUUCAUCUGCGCCUACUGGUACCAGAAGCUGGUGGGUUCCCUGAAACGUGGAGGUGCACCGGUGAAGCUGGACAGCCUGCGCCUUGUGGGCUGCCUGCUGGCCGGGAGCUGGACGGUGGCUAUGGUCUUCAGCAUCCCGCACUUUUUCUUCGUCAGCGUGGAGGGCACAAACGGGAGCGACGAAGACUGCAUAGACUCCUUCCCAAAUGCGGUGGCCAGGCAAACCUACGAGAUCAUCUACCUGACCGUGGCCAACGCUUUCCCUGUCGCUGGGAUUGUGUUCGCCAGCGUCCAGAUCGUCAUCACCCUCCUCCAAAACCAGCGCCGCAUACGGGGUCACGGCAACCCCGAUCCACCACAGGAGGCGGUUAAAGAGAGCAGCAAACCAGCCAGCGCCGUUCCUGUUCCAGACAGCUCCAAAGAAGUCAAAGAUUCCCACGUUUACGCAGGUCUGCCUGCUUCUUCGCAUCCGAGUCAAGAGCCUCACAACUCUCCCCUCAACGAGGACGCAGACUGCCAAGCCGGAGCUCAACCAAAUCCUUCCAAGAUGCCGUCCAAGCCCAGUCCCAACUCAGGCACUCAGGUGAGGGCAGCCAAGAGCGUGGUGGCCGUAGCCAGCGUGGUCGUGGUCUGCUGGGUGACACAUUUGCUCCUCCGCAUCACCAGCAACGUCCAGACUUCGCCGAUAGUAGUCGAGGUGGCCAGCUAUGUCGCGGCCUCCUACACCAGCAUCAUCCCGUACAUAUUCCUGCACGGAGUGAAAAAACUUUCCUGCUCGUGCAAAAGAUAGAAAUGCAAACUUCACAUCCAGCCUCUGACCGAUUUUGUUCUUCUUGUCAAGUUGUCAGCUGAUCCCAAGACGUCUCCUGCUGCCUAACGCAUUGCUGUUCCGGUGUUUAUUUGUAUGAGCUGUGUUGAGUUCUUCUGUUGUUGUAUGUGAAGAUUCUCAGUCAUGUAAUACCCCAAAAAAACAAAAAACAAAGCUGAAACAAGGGCCAGGACCUGAAGGGGUUCUUGAAAAUGUUUUGACACUCAUCCAAGUGGUCUUACAUACUCUCUAAAGGUAAGGUCUUCAUUAAAGCUGCCACCCUUAAAUAAAUAUUCUGAAGGCUUUUAGUGGAUUUGCCACUAAACAUUUGUGAGAUCUUCAGGACCUCCUGACUGAAUGAU